AUGCUACAGACUACAGAGACCAAGCCUCCUCCGCGGCGCAAGUCCUGCGAGGCAUGCAAAACAGCCAAAAGGCGCUGCGAUUUGGCAUUCCCAGCAUGCUCGCGGUGUAUGCAAAGGAAUAUCCAAUGCAUGUACCCCGGCAGACUGCCCCAACCCUACUCCGAGAUAAUCGAUAACACCUCCCUCACGGAUAAUUACGGGAUCUUUGACGGUACUAUGACCCCAUAUCCAUCCGACGCCGAUCUCAUGGCGGUGAUCAACAUGGGCUCGAUACAACCUGUCGUGGUCCAUUCGCCGUUUCGGUAUAUCACAAUACUCCCUCCAGACCAACGCGUCGAUUUAUUUGAAAAUUCUCCACCAUUACAUGGCUUUGAAUUGGCCAUGCCACGAACAAACCCACCAAAGCCUCUGUCUGGCAUCUUUGCCAAUCGGAUUCAAUUCGCGGUUGAUGUACUCAAGGAUAUUCCCAAAAUGAUGGUCACUGAAACACAGACUCCAUGGUGUCAUCGCCAGCUCUAUAAAAAUAACAUGCCGAAAGAAAUGCAAGGUAAGUGCAACCGCUCCGAAUUGAACGUCCUCAAAGGCAUACCACUCACAAUGUUUUAG